AUGGCUGAAAAAGAUAUUGAUAUUUAUUAUAAAACUAUUCUUGAUCUUGUAUCACUUGCUGGCAAAGUUGUAUGUGAAGGUUUUUCGAUAACAAAACGUGUUGAAACAAAGGAGAAUACAGCUGAUCUUGUUACCGAAUUCGAUCAACGUGUGGAAGAGAUUUUAAUAAAAAAAUUACAAGAGAAAUUUCCAACACAUAAAUUUAUUGGUGAAGAAUCAACUGCUAAUGGAAUUAAAACAACCUUAAGUGACGAUCCAACAUGGAUCAUUGAUCCAAUUGAUGGUACAACUAAUUUUGUACAUGGAUUUCCAUUUGUUGCUAUUUCUGUUGCGCUUGCAAUUAAUAAACAAGUUGUUCUUGGAGUAAUCUAUAAUCCUGUUGUGGAUUACCUUUAUUCAGCUAUACAUGGCAAAGGAGCAUUUAAAAAUGGUCGACCUAUCAAAUGUUCGAAACAAACUGAACUUUCAUUGUCACAAAUAAUUGGUGAAUAUGGUCCAACUCGGGACACUCAUAUUCUUGAUAUCAAAUGUAAAAAUUUACGAGUUAUUAUAGAAAAAGUUCAUAGUAUUCGUGCGAUGGGUAGUGCAGCUUUGAAUUUAUGUUUAAUAGCUGAAGGUUGUUGUGAUGCUUAUUUUGAAUAUGGAGUACAUAUUUGGGAUUAUGCUGCCGGUGAUUUAAUAGCUCGAGAAGCUGGUGCUUACACAUGUGAUCCGUCAGGUGCUCCAUUAAAUCUAGUUCAUCGUCGUAUUUUAUGUGCUGCAACAAAAGAACUUGCUGAACAAAUUUCACCAUUACUAACUCAUAUUGAUUAUCCUCAUGAUUAA